ACGCGGACCGGAGCUGCACCCUGAAGCCGGCGGCAGUGUGACCGAUUAACGAUCCGCUUGUGAUCGAUCCGGGAGCUGAUCGGCCGGUGAUCGGAGGCCUGAGGAGGAGGACCCGGGUCGGUUUGCGGUGCGCGGUGGGGCGGAGGAGAGAUGCGUUGCCUGGUAACAGAAACUGAACUGAGGAUGAAACCAGGCCAACCAUCACUCUGAGUCAACAUCUUCAGCUUCAACGGUCCACAUAUCUUCCCUAUCUACAGUUUGGACAGCUGGCUGGCUCUGCGGUAUCCCAGUCUGGCCAUCUACGUGGACACGUGCAGGGAGUGCUAUGAGGCCUACGUCAUCUACAACUUCCUGGUGUUCCUGUUGAACUUCCUCAGCAACCAGUACCCCAGCCUGGUGCUCAUGCUGGAGGUCCAGCAGCAGCAGCCACACCUGCCCCCGCUCUGCUGCUGCCCACCAUGGCCCAUGGGAGAGGUGCUGCUGUUCAGGUGUAAGCUGGGAGUCCUCCAGUACACUGUGGUCAGACCUGUGACCACCGUUAUAGCACUGAUCUGUCAGCUCUGUGGGGUUUAUGAUGAAGCCAACUUCAGCUUCAGAAACGCCUGGUCCUACCUGGUCAUCAUCAACAACAUAUCACAGCUGUUUGCCAUGUACUGUCUGGUGCUGCUGUACCGAGCUCUCAAAGAAGAGCUGACUCCCAUCAGGCCUGUGGGCAAGUUCCUCUGCGUCAAACUGGUGGUGUUUGUCUCCUUCUGGCAGGCUGUUUUCAUAGCGUUUCUGGUGAAGGUCGGCGUGAUCUCUGACAAACACACCUGGGACUGGGACAGUGUGGAGGCUGUGGCUACCGGAUUGCAGGACUUCAUCAUCUGCAUAGAGAUGUUCCUGGCUGCCAUCGCUCACCACUACACCUUCACCUACAAACCAUACGUACAGGAGGCAGAGGAGGGGUCAUGUUUCGACAGCUUUCUGGCCAUGUGGGAUUUCUCUGACAUCAGAGCAGAUGUCACAGAACAAGUCCGCCAUGUUGGUCGUACUUUCCUGGGUCGUCCCAACAAGAUGUACUUCGGUACGGUAGUUCGACCCGAACACACUGAGCACACCGGCCUCCUCACAUCGACCUCCCAGGACCCCGUCGCCGCAGCAGCCACAUCGAUGCCCUCCUCCCCCUCCUCGAGUGGCCGGUACCAGGGCCUUGGCCACACUACCGCCCCACACUCUAUCUCCGCCCCUGCAGGGUUCACCUCCUCUUCCUGGGAUGACGACAGCGACUCGCCUGAGGCAGGUGACAGCCAAUAACAGGGUGACACCACUGGAAGCACAUAGCCAGGGGUGGGAACUUCAAUCUCUCUUUAUGUCCUUUGCCCCCUUGUUUUGAUGUGCUUCAUAGCUGUGGACAAAGAAACUCUAAGAUUCUGUAAACAUGGACUGAACUCCAAAUUUGUGAAAAAGAAGCAAAUUCACAGAUGGUUUUCAUCAGGAUGAAGCAAAGGAAAGCAGAGAAGAGAAAGAGUUGUCACUCUGUGAUGUCAAAGCCAUGUCAAACGUAUUUUUAAAAUAAUUACCCAGUUUUAAAUGUUUUAAAUCUGUAUUUUAAUGUCUAAUGAUGUCAUUUUGAUAAAUGUAUCUCUGACUGUUGAAAGAAUAUUUGAUGUUUUCAUCAGAGUGGAAGCAGCUUGUUGGUUUUACACUCCCACGGUGUUGAAGUGUCCUUGAAGUAGGUUUAACCAUUUGUUCUAAUUCAUAAUAAAGGAACAUGCCAUAUCUAAUCACCAGAAAAUGUAAUUGUUGCUGUUGUUAAAUGUGAUUCCACUCUUCUGAAAACUCAAGCAAGGUCUAGUAAUACAACAGGAAAACGUCGAUGAAACAUCUGUGAUGCUGACCGCAGGCUGACUGAAGACAAGUUUUGAGGCAUAGAUGUUUGCAUGUGCCGCUUGCCAUCCAGAGAAUCCAAAUUUGGGGCAAAUUAGGUUAGAGUAGAGCUAGGCUAAGCCAGCAGCAACCAUUAUCCCUAUAUCCCAAAGUUCCUACACUAACUAACAUUAUAAGAGAUUGGUAAGGGCUACCCUCGCAGUUCAAAUAGCAAAUGAACAAAGAUAUCUGUGGAGACAUCAAAGCUAUUGUGUCACACUGAGCCUUUAAUAUUCUGAUUUUAACAUUAGUUUACUGUAGUUUCAUAGUUUACUGGGAUUAGUCAAUGCUGUACAAUACUGUUGUAUGCCAGAAAAGAAUAUGCAUAUCACAAACAUUCCCUGUCUGACAGAUUUGGAUAAUUGAAUGGAUCAUUUUGCAUGUGAAUAAUGAAAUAAUGUUUAGAAGUUGUGAAGAAUCUGACAAUUUCACUGAGAAGCAAAUGGUUAUUGAGCAAUUUGUAGACAAUUGCACUCUUUUGAACAUUUGACAAAACACGUGCAAAUUGCUUGAUGAAUGAGAAUUUGUUGUGAACAUCAAACUAGUUGUUGAGAAAACUUAUCCAAUAACUGAGGCAAAGUAAAUGAGAGAAACUGUAAUAAUGGCUGGAUUCCAUUUAGCUGCUUCAGUUUCAGGGUGUUCUGCAUGCUGACUCGCUGUCACUCAAGAUACUUUACAAAACCUCUGUGAGCUUGUAGUAGAGGUCUGGCAAAACAUCUACAGCUGAUUACAAAAGACUCAUUGCCUAAU